UGACGUCACACAUGAAGCUGAUGUUCACCUGCAUCCAGCAGCUGGUCGACGGCGGGAAGGGAAGGACAAGACGCACCCGACGAGAGCUGUCUUUUCCGGGCGGCCAUGUCUCCGCACACCGCUUGAAUUGAUCCAGCGGUGAGUAGGUGACAUAUAUAUCAUCUGGUCGGGAACAAUUAAAGGAAGCUACUCUCUACCGCUACCUCCGAGCUCCGAGAUCUCACCCUUCUUGACCACGAAGCAUUACAUCACAAGCUUUGUUAGAAGUUGACCUGCAGAGACCUGGUUCUGUUUUUUUUUUCCACUGAGGCGACAUAUGAGAAAAAAAGUCAUCGGAGGUACGACAUUUCCAUGAAAGAAAAGUUCUCCAAGGUGACGGAGGUGAUGGGGAACAAGAACACCAGCCCGCCUAAAGGUCCUGAUACUGGGUCUGGACAGAUGGAGGAUGAUGAUGACAUCAGCAGUGUCACAGGAAGUGUCUCCAGAUAUGGAGCGUCAAGCCUCAGCCCAGAGCUGCUGGCCUCCCUGCAGUCCCUCGGAGAAAACACUGACUACACACUACUGCCACACUCGCUGCACCAGAUUGCCGAAGCCUGUUCACGCCAAGAAGACUAUCAGUUGGCCAUCCAGCUUCUCCAGCUAGAGAAGCUCUACCAUGAACGUGUGCUCUACAAUCUCACUGUCCUGCAGGAGAACUGGGAAAGCCUGUGGAAAGAAAAGACGUCCGACAACUGUUUACCCGAUGAAACAGACAACAUCGGUCAAAAACACAUCAGCACUCUGAGGCACCUCUGCAGGACACACCUCAAACCAUCCCUCAGUGAGGCAAAGAAGCCGCUGGAUAUAACACUGACAGACCUACACAGUGAGGCAUCCCAUCAGGGAACAGAAUGCAAGUCUGAAAUAACACAUGGAGACGAUGAAGAGCGAAGAAUGAAGUCCAAGGGCAAAGACCUAAAUGAGGAGGACACCUAUGAGCAGGCAAAGGAAGCAGAGGACGAAGACGAGGAGGUGAAUGUGGAGUGGCCUACAGGAGUACCCCAGGCAUCAGACAAGGACCUAGCCAAGCUUUCCCAUGCAGACGGGAGUCUGUCCCCGGAUGGUCUGGUUUCCAUCCUGAAGAGGAGGAGAGCAUCCCUGGAUGGCCUGCCACCCCCCAGCGACAUCGGCGCCAAGCUGAACUCCAAACGCAAAGUUCGCUUCAGUGAGCCGGAGGAUGGAAUUGAACAAGACGAGGUCAGCGGCGACUCCUGCCUGAUCCUGCUUCUUCUCUGUCUGGUCACCGUGGUGAUCAGCAUCGGCGGCACCGCCCUCUACUGCUCCCUGGUGGACAGGUACUCCAACAUUUGCACUGACUUCACGCUCAACGUAGACUUCUUUGUGACCAACGUACGGAGGUUCUUCGAAGGCCUCGGACACUGGCUGCCCCACAGGACGUGAGGGACGCUCAGCGGACGUCUUUUAAAGCGCGUUUUUGAGAUGACCGCGACUUGAAAAUGUGCUAAAGUACGGGUAGGGGCUCAGACGAAGACCACAACUGUAGUGGAUUGUUUAUUUUUAGACAACGCCUUUUUAGAAGGGUGCUCUGACUAUUUUAAACGCUAGUUCUUGUUACCCUCUCAUUUGUAGCUUUUUCCUCACAUAUUCGAGUUUUCCUUUUUAUUAUCAUUUCAAGUUUUCGUUUGUCUUAAUCUCACUGCAUGUGUGUGUUUACGUUUUUUAAGGGUGUUAUUUGCAAUCUUAAGGCUUUUUUUUUAAUCAAGAAAAACACUGACACAAUUGGGCUUAUUUUAAUUUGAUGGGGUACUUUUUAACAGCAAUAAUGCAACUGCUGGGCGGCACGGCGAUUGAGUGAUCGCGCGCGCAGACCUCACAGCUAGGAGACCCGAGUUCGAUUCCACCCUCGGCCAUCUCUGUGUGGAGUUUGCAUGUUCACAUUCCAAAAACAUGCUAGGUUAAUUAACCACUCCAAAUUGUCCAUAGGUAUGAAUGUGAGUGUGAAUGGUUGUUUGUCUAUAUGUGCCCUGUGAUUGGCUGGCCACCAGUCCAGGGUGUACCCCGCCUCUCGCCCGAAGACAGCUGGGAUAGGCUCCAGCACCCCCCCGCGCGACCCUUGUGAGGAAAAGCUGUAGAAAAUGAAUGAAUGCAACUGCUGGACUAAUUGAUCCAUUUAAUAAGAAUUUGCAAUAUUCAUAAGUUCCCAGCCACUCUUUUUAUAUUUUAUUAUUCAUAAAAGUCACAAUCCUGUUUACACCAUGAUGCCAAAGGUCUAGUUUCAACAGAACAUAAUAUUCAUACAAAUUAAUUAUUUCUCGACACCACACUGAAUAGCACUGAAAUGGUGAUGUUUGAAAUAUUUUAUAUGUACAUGUUUGUCUAUAAUUAAGGUAAAAAAUGUGAUUAUUUUAUCCAUGUCUUUGCAUGUUUCUUUACCCCUGAAUGCUUUGUACUUUGUUUACCGCUUGUGAUUUCAAAGAAAAAAACCCUCAUUCUGAGCUCCGAAUGUGGUUAAAGUAACGUUUCCUUUGUAUUGUCACCGGAUAAUGGUGAUUAUAAUAAUAAUGGUGAUCAACGAGUGUUGCAUUAUGCAAUCGGCCUUUGUGUGCUUUGAUAUGUACGUUACCACACUAUUAAAGGAACAUUUGUA